UUCUGGGCUGAGAAGUGGGAGAGAAGCGUCCUCGGGGAGAGGAAUUCUGCUACGUGCCCGGUUGGCUCUGAGUGCCCGGCUCAGCUGGGGGAGACGGCCGUUCUCAAGGCCAAGGCCGUUUGCAGAAGAGGGAGAACUGGAUGCUUGCUCAAGUCUGCUCAGCUCGGGCUCCUCCAGGCCUUCCAUGGACUCCGUGGCCAAGGACCAAAUGCAGCCAGUCCUUCCCCCAGGCUCUUCCUGCCCGGGGCCUGAGUGGCCAGAGCAGGAGAGAGCGGAACAGCUGGCCCGGGGCGCGGCGCUCAAGUGGGCCUCUGGCAUCUUCUACCGGCCGGAGCAGCUGGCCAGGCUGGGCCAGUACCGCAGCCGUGAGAUGCAGCGCACCUGCUCCCUGGAAGCACGAAUUAAGUCGGCGGUACAGUCAUACCUGGAAGGUGUGCAGACUGGCAUGUGGCAGCUGAGCCGGGCCCUUGAGGCUGUGCAGGGGACACGGGAGGCCCUGAGCCAGGCGCACGGGUUGCUCCAGGACAUGGCCCAAGUCUCACAGACCCUCGAGCCCCUGCGGGAGCAGGUUUCCCAGCACAAGCAACUGCAGGUCCUGUCUCAGUUGCUGCCCCGGCUGCAGGCAGUGCCAGCAGCUGUGGUCCACACCCAGAGCCUGAUUGAUGCCCAACGACUCUUGGAGGCAUACGUGAGCCUGCGGGAGCUGGAGCAGCUGCAGGAGGAGACGUGGGCUCCCCUGGGAGGCCUGGAGUUGCCCGUCUUCCAGGGGCUGGGCCUCCUGGCGGAGGCACUGGGCCAGGCUGUGGAGGCAGCUGCGGGGGCUGCAGGGCAGCUGGCACGGGAGAACCCAGCCCUGCUGGUGGCAGCCGUGCGUGUAGCAGAGGUGGAGGCUGGGCGUGCACCUGGCACAGGGCAGGCCCCUCGGGACUGGAGGCAGCGCUUUCUGCGGGCACUGCAGGAGGGCCUGCAGCAGACCCACUUUGCACCGCCUCUGCUGCCGGGGCCAGGGGCCCUAGCAGGGUGGCUGGAGGCUCUGCGGGUAGCCCUGCCUGCGGAGCUGGCCACAGCGGAGGCACUGGUCGCACCCUGCUGCCCGCCACACUACAACGUGGUCCAGCUGUGGGCCCACACCCUGCACAGCGGCCUCCGCCGCUGCCUGCAGCAACUCCUUGCAGGGCCUGUACUGGGAGCUGCCGAUGCCUUCGCCUUGCUGCACUGGGCACUGCACGUGUACCUGGGACAGGAGAUGAUGGGGGGCCUGGAGUUGGGACCUGAGGCUGACGUGUCCCAGCUAGAGCCCCUGCUGGCCUUGGAGGACAUCGAGCAGUUGGAGGCAACGUUUGUGGCCCAAGUUCAGGCAAAUGUAAUCCCGUGGAUGCAGAAGGCGCUGGAUGGGGAGGUAGCUGAGUGGCACCGGGAGCAGGAGCCCAACACAGACCUGGCUGGCUUUUACCACUCACCAAUGCCAGCCAUCGUGCUGCAGAUCCUGGAUGAGAACAUUCGAGUGAGCAGCCUGGUCAGCGAGUCCCUGCAGCGGCGGGUGCACAGCAUGGCGCUGUCAGAACUGGGUGUAUUCCUGAGGAGCUUCAGCGACGCUCUCAUCCGGUUCUCCAGAGACCACCUCAGGGGGGAAGCCACCGCCCCUCAGUACGUGUCCUACCUCCUGGCUGCCCUCAACCACCAAUCAGCACUCAGCUCCUCGGUGUCGGUGCUACAGCCGGACGGGGCGGCUCCAGGAGCCUUGGCUCCGGUAGAAGCCGCGCUGGACGAGCUGCAGAGGAGGAUCUGUCGCCUGGUGUUGGAGGCGCUGCUGGUGGAGCUCCAGCCCCUGUUCGCGGCUCUGCCCUCGCGCCAGUGGCUGUCGAGCUCGGAGCUGCUGGACGGCGUGUGCGAGCGCACGGCGCGCUUCUGCCGGGACUUCUGGCGCGUGCGGAACCCGGCGGUGCAGCUGCUGGCCGAGGUGGAGCGCGCCGUGGUGCUGCAGUACCUGCGCGCGCUGAUGCAGGGCCGCCUCGUGUGCCGCGGCGCUGAACAGCGGGCCCAGGCGGCCGAGCGCCUGCAGCACGACGCCGCCCAGCUCCGCGAGCUGUUCCUGGGUCUGGGCCUGGAGGAGAGCGCGCACUGCGCGCCGGUGCUGCUCGCGCUAAGGGAGCUGCUGAGCCUCCGCGACCCCGCACUACUCGGCCUCGAGGUGGCUGGCCUGCGGCAGCAGUUUCCCGACGUGAGCGAGGACCACGUCUCCGCCCUCUUGGAUCUGCGCGGGGACGUCUCCCGGGAGCAGCGCCAGGCCGCGCUCAGCUCCCUGCAGGCGGGCCCGCCGCCCUCGUCCCCCACGGGCCGCCGGGCCCUCUUCAGCCUCGUGCCGGCGCCCACGCCCUCUGCAUCUUCCUGCCUCCCCUCGGGGCCCUGCGCCUGA